AUGUUGCAGGAGAACGGGCCCCUGCUCAUCAAUGCCACGGGUGGCCUCAUGCGAAACCCGUAUGCCUGGACCAAGCAAGCCAACCUUUUGAUCCUGGAGAGUCCUGGAGGUGUUGGAUACUCCUAUUGUGCAGCCAUGAAGGCAGGCGGCAACUGCAACAAUACAGAUAUCUCCACGGCCCGCGCAAAUCGUGCAGCGGUGCAGGACUUCUUCAAGAAGCGCCACAGCAGCAGGUUUCCAGAGCUGAAGGCCAACGAGUUCUUCAUCACAGGAGUUGCUGUCGGUGAUCCUUGCACCGACUUGCCAUCGCAGAAAGAGUCGAUGGACAUGUUGUGGUAUGCACACAAGCAUGGCUUCGUUCCUGACAGUGACUUCGACUACCUCUGGAACAACUGCUCAGCAAGGCGCUGGGAAGCCAAGAUCACGCCCAGCUUGGCCUUGGCAUCGGACGAGAAGUGCAAGCUGCUGAACCGACAGUUCUUGGCCACCACAUCGCGGGGUCUUUCCCAGGGCUGGAAGAAGGCCGCCUACAUCAAUGAGCUGAACCUCUUUUCGGACGCCUCGGCCCUGGACUGGUCUCUGCCAGGCACCUUGAACUACUACACGGCGCAGUGGAUGAUGCGGGCGGAUGUGAAAGCGGCUCUGCAUGUGGAGAGCUCCCCGGCGACCUCCUGGCCAGGCUACAACGCCUGCAACGAUGCUCCGGGCAAGCCGAGCAUGAUCGAUUUCUACCGCAUGAUUGCUCCAAAGCUGAGGACGACGAUCGUUUUCAAUGGCGACACUGACCCUUGCGUUUCCUGUGAGGGCACUCGCACUGCCAUCGAGAAAGUCGGCUAUGCAGUGGUUUCCGGCGGUCACUACCGUCCGUGGUUCUACGACAAGACCUCCGCGGACAUCGAAAUUCUGAAAGAGCCGCUGGGCGGCAAGCCUCUCUUCACAGAUGGGAGAGGACGAGAGAGCCUUUCUGGGUUUCUUUUCUUCGUGAGGAAGCCCAACCUCUUUGGCCCCAACCUCGAGCUGCAGCCUGCCGGGCCCCAGUUCGGCGGCCACGUGGUGGACUACGUGCCCCGGCCUGUGCCAGCGGCUAGCGAUGCGGCUGCGGCUUCUUGCGACCCUCCCAGGAGCACGGCCUUUCCUUCGCUACCGUCCAUGGCAGUGGACACAUGGCGCAAGCCCAAGUCAGCGAUCGCACUGAGUCGGAACAGCCGCGCUCCGCACUCCUUGGGUCUUGGGGAGGUGCCGCAGUUCCGUCCCCAAGCAGCGGUCCGCUUGCUGGAUCGUCUCCUUUCGGGCAAAGCUUUCACACCCCUCCUUCCAAGUGACUCAGAGCUUGCGGCCAUGGACGACGACGCCUUCGACCAGGACCAGUGGACCGACAAAGCAGAGAAAGACGUCGCCGCUGCCAACACUUUAUCGAGCAACUUGUUCCACACCUCGCUUGCACUCGGACUGUGGCCGAUGAUGCAUCCAAGAGGCAUGGAGCCCCCGGCCUCGAAACAGAUGUCGGAGAUGCUGCUGGACCCAUUGCUGCAGGCCAUCGUGGAACUGCUGGGUUUUGGAGGUCUGCGUGGCUUUUUGGCAGUGUGUUUGAGAUGGUUCACGGUGACCGUUUGUCAUCCGUUGUUCAUCCGAACGCCCUUCGAAAUAUGUCAGCAAAGCACCAUGUCGACGCUGACGGAUCUCAUGGCACAGGCCAACGAGCCCCCGACUUCUUUGCAGGAGGAUCCGGCAGCAGCUUUCGAGCAUGCAGAGGUUGAGCUGCAGCUGACGGAGUUUUUCGCCUCGCCUCCAUCCUCGCUCUCGUUGGUCUACCUCCGGUACGUUCGUCGGCUCACCUUUCUCUUCCGGUGGAUCCAUGUGUCGGCUGAGUGUCAGCUAGGCGACCUUCCGGAAGCACGGCACGGGCACGUCCUGUCUGCCAUUGAGGAGGUGAGGCACAGGGCCUCAGAUAUGGCCUCGGCUGGCCAGCAGCUUCUCUCGCAGAUGCCGGAUGCCGGUCUCCCCAGCCGUUGGGGCGAGUGGCUUGAGCACGUGCUGGAGGCACGCGGUCUGCCCGGCAGCCACUGCCAGCAAUUCUCUUGCCAGCGCAGAAGAGUCUCGACGAUCUGGGGCAACAUCCUGCAAAUGCUGGAAGCCACGGUUCGUCAACUCGAGGACAUCGCAAGUCUUGCUGGGCAGCUCGAAAAGUUUGUCCAGGAUGCCGAGGUCGAGGCGCGUCCGCACCUGGUGCUCGCUGGCCUUCCGGGCUCCCACUCUGCGCUCUGCCGCCCGAGCCUCGACCUCUCUGCGCUCUGCUGGAGGAUAGAGACUGCGUGA